AUGGCAAUCCAGAAAAAGCAUGGCAAGGGCCGUUUGGAUAAGUGGUACAAGCUCGCCAAAGAGAAAGGCUACCGAGCACGUGCUGCCUUCAAACUGAUCCAGCUCAACAAGAAAUACGGUUUUCUCGAGAAGAGUAAAGUGGUCAUUGAUCUGUGUGCAGCUCCCGGGUCAUGGUGUCAAGUCGCUGCAGAAUGCAUGCCUGGUGGCAGUCUCAUCAUCGGUGUCGACCUGGCCCCAAUUAAACCGAUCCCGCGAGUAAUCAGUUUCCAAAGUGAUAUCACAACCGAUAAAUGCCGGGCCACUAUCCGGACUCACAUCAAGCAUUUGAAAGCAGACACGGUUUUGCACGAUGGUGCUCCCAACGUUGGUACAGCAUGGGUUCAGGAUGCUUUCUCCCAAGCCGAACUAGUGCUGCAAUCAAUGAAACUGGCCACCGAAUUCUUGAAAGAAGGAGGAACGUUUGUGACCAAGGUGUUCCGCUCUAAAGACUACAAUCCUCUUUUGUGGGUCUUCAAGCAAUUGUUCACUUCCGUCGAGGCUACAAAGCCCCCAUCUUCUAGAAAUGUUUCUGCCGAGAUUUUCGUUGUCUGCCGUGGAUUCAAAGCACCCAAGCGUCUCGACCCGAAAUUUUUGGAUGCUCGACACGUUUUCGCCGAGUUGUCCGACCCAACCCCUAACAACGAAGCCAAGGUUUUCAACCCAGAGACGAAAAGGCGCAAGAGGGAGGGUUAUGAGGAGGGCGACUACACUCAACACAAAGAGAUACCCGUCACAGAAUUUAUCAAUACGACGGACCCAAUUGCAAUCCUUGGUGGCUAUCACCAAUUAAGCUUUGAACAAUCUCCCAACGGUGAUUUGGCAAUGGCUACGCUUGAAAGACUCGAAGAUACAACCGACGAGAUUCGCACCUGUUGUGCAGACCUUCGAGUUCUCGGUAAAAAGGAGUUUCGCAGUCUACUGAGGUGGCGCUUGAAAGUCCGGGAAAAGUUUGGUCUUAAAUUGAAAAAGAAAGACCAAGAAGAAGAAGCUGCUGAAGAAGUCGCUGACGUUGCGCCAAUGGACGACGAAUUGGCUAUCCAGGAAGAGCUACAACGCUUACGUGAUAAUGAUAAUGCACAGAAGAAGAAGGAGCGACGAAAAGAAAACGAGAGGAAGCGGAAGGAAAUCGUCAGAAUGCAAAUGCAUAUGAUUACCCCCACUGACAUUGGAAUGGAACAAGAUGGAAUUGGCGGAGAAUCUAUGUUCGGGAUCAAGGCAGUCAACCGAGAGGGCGCCACGGACAAGAUUGCAGCAGGUCAAGUCGCCGAAUCAGAGUCUGAAGACAACAGCGACGUGUCUGACAGCGACCAAGAAUCGGACGAUGAGGAAGACCAACUAGAACGCGAACUUGAUUCUAUGUACGAUACGUAUCAAGAACAACAGCAAGACCGAGACUCGAAGUUGCGUGCGAAACGAGCUCGGAAGAAUUAUGAAGCUGAGGAAUGGGAUGGAUUUUCCGACAAGGAAAAUGCAAGCAAUGCUUCUGAUGGCGAAGAUGCCGACGAGUCCACGAUCAAGACGCCAACUUCAGACAAUUUGUCCAAUAAGGCAGCUAUGUUUUUCGACCAAGACAUCUUUCAGGACCUCGGAGACCUUGAUGAUAUCGAAGACGACGACAGUGCUAUUGAUAUAGAAACCGAUGUGCAGCCCAAGAAGAAAACCAACCCUAAGGAGAAGCCAGCUCCUGAGCCGAAAGCAAAGACCAAAGCGCCCGUUGAGGAAGCUCAAGAAGAUGACUGGGGUUCUUCUGAUGAGGAAGAGACGAAGUCACAGGAUCCUAGAACAAAAGAAGGCCGUCUAGAUAUCGAUAUCAUCACUGCAGAGGCCAUGGCUCUUGCACAGCAGCUGGCUACAGGCGAAAAGACGUCCCACGACCUGAAAGACGAUGGGUUCAACAAAUUAGCCUUCCGUGAUACUGAUGGGUUACCUGAGUGGUUCCUGGAUGACGAGGGCAGACACAGCCACCUUCACCGACCAAUCACCAAAGUAGCAGCGGAAGCCAUUAAAGAGAAGAUGCGAGCAAUCAAUGCACGACCUAUCAAGAAGGUCCGCGAAGCCCAAGCUCGCAAGAAGUUCAAGACUGCCCAACGAUUAGAGAAGCUGCGCAAGAAGUCGGCUCUUUUGGCCGAGGACGAAAGCAUCAGCGAAAGGGACAAGGCCCAAGCCAUCACCAGGAUGAUGAACAGGGCGACCAAGAAGAAGCCCAAGCAAAAAGUCAAGCUGGUCGUUGCCAAGGGUACUAACAAGGGUAUCUCUGGCCGUCCUCGCGGAGUCAAGGGCAAGUAUAAGAUUGUCGACUCUCGCAUGAAGAAGGAGAUUCGCGCGCAAAAGAGGAUUUCCAAAGAGAAAAAACGGUGA